AUGGACUACCUCAACCAAGUAACCGCCCUCACCGAGAAAGUCCUACAAGCCAUCGGCGUGUCCCUGGGCUACGACGAGUCCUACUUCGACGAGAUCUGCACGGAACCCAUGGCCUUCUACCAGUUGCUUCAUUACCCUCCCCAGCCUGCCGACGCCGACCCGCUGCAGCGCGGGGAUGUCCCCGGGCUGGAGGUGUGGGACGAGGAGUCGCAGUCAUAUUACCCUGUGUCACCAAUCGAGGGGGCAUAUGUGGUGCACCUAGGGAAUCUUUUCCAGCAGUGGCCGAAUGAUAAAUACAUGUCCAACGUGCACCGGGUGAUCAACCGGUCGGAUGUAGACCGGUACUGCAUCCCGUUCAACUACAAUGGGAAUCUAGACUUUGUGAUCCGGUGCAUUGACUCGUGUCGCGCGAAGCCGGAGGACGAAAAGUAUGCGCCCAUCUCGGUGGAUGACUACAUCCGGCAGAAGUAUAAGGAUGUGUAUGGGCGUGUGGGCAUCUAUUCGGUUGCUGAGCGGGUCAAGACAUAG